GCAUAAACCAUAAGGCCCCAAAACCCUAACUCUCUCUCUCUCUCGCCGUCUGCUUUCCCUCCCUCUCGUUCGUUCAACGCUAAGUUAGUUAGAACAAGUUAAAGAUGCCGAAAUCGAAGAGAAAUAGACAAGUUACGCUUUCGAAAACGAAGAAAAAGGGAAGGGAGCAUAAAGAGGCAAUUGUGAAUUCAAUAAAAGAGGCUGCUGAGAAAUACUCUUCUGUUUAUGUGUUCUCUUUUGAGAAUAUGAGGAAUCAGAAGUUCAAGGAGUUCAGGGAGCAGCUCAAAUCAAGUAGCAGAUUCUUUUUGGGAUCAAACAAAGUGAUGCAGGUUUCUCUUGGAAGGUCUCCUUCUGAUGAAGUCAGAUCAGGUCUUCAUAAGGUUUCCAAGCUAUUGCGUGGAGAUUCUGGGAUGUUUUUCACCAACUUAUCAAAAGAAGAAGUUGAAAAGCUUUUUAAUCAAUUUGAAGAAUACGACUUUGCAAGAACAGGAAGCAUUGCCACUGAAAAGGUCGAUCUUAAAGAGGGUCCUUUAGAGCAGUUUACGCAUGAGAUGGAACCCUUCCUUCGGAAGCAAGGCAUGCCUGUUCGGUUAAAUAAAGGAGUUGUGGAGCUUGUUUCAGAUUUUGUUGUUUGCGAGGAAGGGAAGCCCUUGUCCCCCGAGGCAGCUCGGAUACUGCGCUUGUUGGGAAUCAAGAUGGCUUCAUUCCGGCUACACCUGAUAUGCAGGUGGACUCCUGAUGAUUUCGAACUUUACAUUGAUGGGCCUGAAGAUUCAGAUGUUGAAUGUUCAUAGUCACUCAAUCUGUUUCAGAUCGUUGAAGUGUACAACAUGUGAUGCAUAACAAAGUUAUCUUGAUCUACCGAUAUGUGACCGGAAUUAGUAUUAUUGUUUUAGUUUCCGAUUUUGAUCCUCCCCAGUUUUGUUUGCUGCUUUCUUAUAGUAGUUUUGUGGUUGUGCGAAUCCUGUGAACUAGCCUUAAAAUGGAGGUGGCAUUAACCAUUGUAAACGGAAUGCUGAAAUUGUUGGUAGUGUUAGUUUUAUACUAUUAUAUUAUUGUUCUGGAUA